GACUCCGUCAUUCAGAGACUCCGCCCCUCACUGCUUCUUCCUGACUGCCAGCGACAGACCAAAGCCGGGCGUUUGGAGACUGCCCGGCCAGGUGAUUGCGCCCAGACUCCAAAUGAAAAUGUUUGAGAGCCUUGACUCUUCAGCUACAAAGUCUGGCCGGGAUCUGUGGGCUGAAAUCUGUUCUUGCCUGCCAAAUCCUGCCCAAGAGGAUGCUGCCGGCAAUGCCUUCUCAGACUCUUUUACAGAUUCACAUCCUGCAGGUGAAGGCCACAUGGAGCCCAGCCAGCCAGCUGUAAAGCCCUGGGCUCCCUUGCAUGAUUCAGAAGUGUAUUUAGCAUCUCUAGAGAAGAAACUAAGAAGAAUCAAAGGUUUAAAUGAGGAAGUAACCUCCAAGGACAUGCUUCGAACUCUGGCCCAAGCUAAGAAGGAAUGCUGGGAUCGGUUCCUCCAAGAGAAGUUAGCGUCCGAGUUUUUUGUGGAUGGACUUGAUUCUGAUGAGAGCACCUUGGAACAUUUCAAAAGAUGGCUUCAGCCAGAUAAAGUUGCCAUCAGCACAGAGGAGGUCCAGUUUCUCAUCCCUCCAGAGUCGCAGGCAGAGAAGACAGAGGCUGAGGCCGGGGACAAGCCAGCGGCAGGAGAACAAUAAAUGACACACACAUAAGCCAAGCAGCUGUCUGGGGCCCGGGGGAACGGUGGAGAGCUUGACAGCCCCGCAGCAAAGAGAAAUCCAGGGAGAGAAAAUGCCCAGACUUCCAAUCCACAAAGCAAACAGCUGCUGGCCCCUGAGGGCUUGCUUGGAGCUGGCAUGUGUGACUGUCUUGGAAGUAGUGUGUGCUGGAUCGCAAAGCUUCACUGAGCUCUGUUUCGGCAGUUUAGAGGUUUGCAAGGAUCCCUCAAGAGCAGGGUGUGAAAGUGCUCAGAGACACUGGAGCUCUUGUAUUAUAUAAUGUAUCGGUUAAGCAAGCCAUAUUUUUUUCUCUCUUCCGGGUCUUCAUAUGUGUGUGUGUGUCACGCAUUCCAUAGCUAAGUAGUCAGGAGCAGGUGUAGCCAAGGAGAGUGAGGUCAGCCUCCUGGAGUCCAAGCCCUUGUGGGGCUUUCUCACAUACUCAUCGUAAACAGAGGGACUCAAGGGGAAAGGGCUUUUCCUUUUGAUUUGUUCCUUGUGUCAAAAAUGGGGAAAAAAAGAAGUGUGAAAACAUGGGCGUUUGUAUCUGUGUAGAUAUAUUUUCCAUUUCAUGGCUUCUCCCCCAGCUUCUUUUUGUAUCAAGUUCCAAAUUAGACUUGUAAAUAUAUAUGGUUUAGUGUUUGACACAACUCUUGAUUAGUUCCAAACUUGCUCCCUGUGGCAACUUUCCUGACUGAGCUUGCAUUAACUCUUUGUUUAUUGUGUUGUUCAUGUGAAGUUUGAGCUGUCGAUAUAAAACUCUCAUUGGAACAGC